AAAGACGACGAAGAAGAACAAGACCCAGUUCCUGUUUCCGUCAACACACGUGUGUAUGUAAGGAGAAAACCGUAGAGAUCAGAUUCCAUUUAGAUCCGGUCCAGAGUCCAUCCACAAUCCGGUGUUACGGUACCGUAGCGCAGUCCACCAUGUUGGAACAGCUGGGUCUGAUCGGGACGAUACGGGACGAGGACCAGAGUCCAGAGGAACCCGACACCGAGUCCGACCAGGAGGGGGAGCAGAUCAUCCUGAACAGGAAGAAGAAGUUUGGGAGUUUCAGGUCAAGAGACUUUAACUGUGACUUCAAGUUUGGAGAGAAAGACAGGCUGGACCAUGACGACGACUGGGCGAUGGCUGAUGUUAUCCAACAGCUCAAGAACAAGAGAACAGUGACAACUCUGGAUCAGAAAAUAGAGAAAAUCAGAAAGAGGAGGAGAUGUGAGGAGAAAUCGGCUCAGGGUGACACUGCUGAAGACUCUGGAGGGAAGAACCACGAUGAAGAAGAUGAAAAGCAGGAUGUGAAGCCUGCUGCAGGAGAGCCUGAUGGACGUGAUGAUGACGAUGAGGAGUUUGACUCCAGUGAUGAGGAGAUUCUGACCAAAUCAGACACCUUGAGAGAGAAAGAACGACAGGGGAGGAAGAUGAAGAUGGGAGAGGAGGCUGCAGAGUCCUUCUAUGAAGAUGCGUCUCAGUACAACGAUCAGCUGACCUUUGAAGACAUGAACCUGUCCAGACCCAUCCUGAAGGCCAUCACGGCUCUUGGCUUCAAGGAGCCGACUCCUAUCCAGAAGGCCUGUGUUCCUGUUGGCCUGCUGGGUAAAGACCUCUGCGCCUGUGCUGCAACUGGAACAGGGAAGACAGCAGCCUUCAUGCUGCCAGUGCUGGAGCGUUUGGUUUAUAAACCCAAGACGUCCCAGGUGACCCGGGUCCUGGUUUUAGUUCCUACCAGAGAGUUGGGGAUCCAGGUUCACUCUGUCGCCCGUCAGCUCGCCCAGUUCACCUCCAUCACCACCUGCCUGGCUGUUGGUGGGUUGGACCUCAAGUCUCAGGAGGCUGCACUGAGGGCAGGGCCAGAUGUCCUGAUCGCUACACCUGGUCGGCUGAUUGAUCACCUCCACAACACGCCAAGCUUCGAGCUGACCUACAUUGAGAUCCUGAUCCUCGAUGAAGCUGACAGGAUGCUGGACGAGUACUUUGAGGAGCAGAUGAAGGAGAUCAUCAGAUUGUGUUCCUACAACAGACAGACCAUGUUGUUCUCUGCCACCAUGACAGAUGAGGUGAAGGACCUGGCAGCAGUGUCAUUGAAGCAGCCAAUCAGGAUCUUUGUUAACAGCAACACUGAUGUGGCUCCAUUGCUGCGACAGGAGUUCGUCAGAAUCCGACCAAACAGAGAAGGAGACCGAGAGGCUGUGGUGGCUGCUCUGCUGACUCGGACGUUCCAGGAUCACGUGAUGUUAUUCACUCAGACAAGAAAACAAGCUCACAGGCUGCACAUCCUGCUGGGACUGUUAGGCCUGAAGGCUGGAGAACUGCAUGGAGAACUGAGCCAGAACCAGAGACUGGAGAACCUCAGGCGUUUUAAAGAUGAACAGAUUGAUAUCUUGGUGGCGACGGAUGUAGCGGCCAGAGGUCUGGACAUCGAUGGUGUCAAAACUGUGAUAAACUUCACCAUGCCGUCCACAGUCAAGCAUUACGUCCACCGCGUCGGCCGCACGGCGAGGGCCGGUCAUUCAGGACGUUCGGUGUCUCUGGUUGGAGAGUCAGAAAGGAAGAUGCUGAAGGAGGUUGUGAAGUCGGCCAAGAACAGUGUGAAGGCCCGAGUCCUGCCACCAGAGGUCAUCCUGAAGUUCAGAGAUCUGAUCUCUAAACUGGAGAAAGAUGUUGAGGCUGUAAUGAAGCUGGAGAGAGAGGAGAGAGAACUGGCUGCAUCUGAGGCCAAGUUGAGUGUGGCUCAGAAGCGCCUCGAUGGCACCGCCUCCUCCUCCCAGUCACAGAGAGUUUGGUUCCAAACUCAACAAGAGAGAAAACAGAGUCGAAUGUCGAAGGCUCUGCAGGAGUUUGAUCUUGCACUGAGAGGGAAGAAGAAGAGAGAAAAAUUUGUGAAGGACGGCAAGAAGAAGGAGUUGACGUCUGAGGAGCGCACUCAGUUUGAGAUUUUGAAGGCUCAGAUGUUUGCUGAGCGGGCGGCCAAGCGAGAGAGACGACCAAAGAGAGCAAGAGCGAUGCCCGAGGAUGAGACACCGAUUGCAGCAGCCAAUCAGAAGGCAGGGAAAGGAGGCAGGAAGUCCGUGUUUGACAAAGAGCUGACCAACACCAGCAGCAAGGCUCUGAAGCACUACAGAGCUGGACCCUCUUUUGCUGACAGGAAGCGGCUUGGUUUGGAC